GAGGUGAACUGAAUUUCAGGAAAAAGAAGGGAAAGCAUCAAACAAAACAAAAACCAACCAGUUCCAGCAAGUACAGAUGAACCAGUUGUGAACCGGAUGGAAAAGACUUUUACCACUAUGAAGCAGCCCAGAAGACGCCAGAGCAUUGACAGUGGAGACAAAAGCUUCACAUGCGAUCAGUGUGGAAAGACCUUUACUCAGAGUGGCAGCUUAAAACAACAUCAGCUCAUCCACACUGGAUUUAAGCCAUUCAGCUGUGAUCAGUGUGGAAAGGCUUUCACCUGGAGUAGCAGUUUAAAACAUCAUCAGGUCAUCCACACUGGAUUUAAACCAUUCAGCUGUGAUCAGUGUGGAAAGACUUUCACUUCGAAAAAUAAUUUAAAAAGACAUCAGCUCAUCCACACUGGAUUUAAAUCAUUCAGCUGUGAUCAGUGUGGAAAGACUUUCACCUGGAGUAGCAGUUUAAAACAACAUCAGCUCAUCCACACUGGAUUUAAACCAUUUAGCUGUGAUCAGUGUGGAAAGUCUUUCACUUCCAAAAAUAAGUUAAAAGGACAUCAGGUCAUCCACACUGGAUUUAAAUCAUUCAGCUGUGAUCAGUGUGGAAAGACUUUCACUGGGAGUAGCAGUUUAAAACAACAUCAGCUCAUCCACACUGGAUUUAAACCAUUUAGCUGUGAUCAGUGUGGAAAGACUUUCACUGGGCGUAGCGGUUUAAAACGACAUCAGGUCAUCCACACUGGAUUUAAAUCAUUCAGCUGUGAUCAGUGUGGAAAGACUUUCACCUGGAGUAGCAGUUUAAAACAACAUCAGCUCAUCCACACUGGAUUUAAACCAUUUAGCUGUGAUCAGUGUGGAAAGACUUUCACUAGGAGUAGCAGUUUAAAACAACAUCAGGUCAUCCACACUGGAUUUAAAUCAUUCAGCUGCGAUCAGUGUGGAAAGACUUUCACUGGGAGUAGCAGUUUAAAACAACAUCAGCUCAUCCACACUGGAUUUAAAUCAUUCAGCUGUGAUCAGUGUGGAAAGACUUUCACUGGGAGUAGCGGUUUAAAACGACAUCAGCUCAUCCACACUGGAUUUAAACCAUUCAGCUGUGAUCAGUGUGGAAAGACUUUCACUGGAAGUAGCGGUUUAAAACAACAUCAGCUCAUCCACACUGGACUUAAACCAUUUAGCUGUGAUCAAUGUGGAAAGACUUUCACCUGGAGUAGCGGUUUAAAACAACAUCAGCUCAUCCACACUGGACUUAAACCAUUCAGCUGUGAUCAGUGUGGAAUGGCUUUUACUCAGAGUGGCAGCUUAAAACAACAUCAGCUCAUCCACACUGGAUUUAAACCAUUCAGCUGUGAUCGGUGUGGAAAGACUUUCACCGGGAGUAGCAGUUUAAAACAACAUCAGCUCAUCCACACUGGAUUUAAACCAUUCAGCUGUGAUCAGUGUGGAAAGACUUUCACUGGGAGUAGCGGUUUAAAACAACAUCAGCUCAUCCACACUGGAUUUAAACCAUUCAGCUGUGAUCAGUGUGGAAAGACUUUCACUGGGAGUAGCGGUUUAAAACAACAUCAGCUCAUCCACACUGGAUUUAAACCAUUCAGCUGUGAUCAGUGUGGAAAGGCUUUUGCACUCAAGAAUAGGUUAAUAAAUCAUAAACUAAUCCACCCAAUCAUCCAUCCAUCUUCUUCCGCUUUAUCCGUGGCUGGAUCGCGGGGUUGGAUCGCGGGGAACACCAUGGUGUUCCCAGGCCAGCCGAGAGAUAUAAUCUCCCCAGUGUGUUCUGAGUCUGCCUCGGGGCCUCCUCCCAGUGGGACAUGCCUAGAACACCUCACUCAGGAGGCAUCCUUGUCAGAUGCCUGAAUCACCUCAACUGGCUCCUUUCGAUGUGGAGGAGCAGCAGCUCUGCGACUCUGAGCCCCUCCCGGAUGGCUGAAGGAGUAACAGAUGGGUUGAAGGUGGGGAUGGGAUUACAUCAAUUCUGAGCCCCUUUUUGUUUUCAUUAGCGAUGGACAGACUGACAUUCGAGGUCAGUUAAGAGUCUCUGUUGAAUAUCUUGUUUGCAGAUGACAUUGUAAUCUAUAGUAGGAAUAGGAAUCAGGUGUAAGAGAACCUGGAGAGGUGGAGGUAUGCUCUGGAGAGAAGAGGAAUGAAGGGAAGGGAAAUAACAUGCCUAUCUUAAGCUGGCAGCCAGCAUGUAGAAAGACUUUCUCUGAAUUGUUGAUAUUAGUUUCUUACAUUUUCUGAUUUUUAAUCAAAUAGUCUUUUCAGAAACUCCUGAUUGUUGUUUCAUAAAUGUAAUGGCUAUUUACUAGAAACCGAAAUUAAACCCAUGAUUAAGAGUGUUAAGGAAUAAACAUAUAUUCUUAGUGCUUAUUUUUUCUGAUUAUAUUGGUUUUUGUACUUUGUAGUAAGGUCUGUGAGGAAAACUAGGUCAGAGGGUGACUGGUCACCUUGGCAACAGAGACUUCAGCAAGGAGAAGUUAAAAAACAGGAAGCUAGGGUAGAGCUUCAUAGGCAUAUUAAUAAAACACAGGAAACCAGACAGAAAAGCGGAACUAGUAACACAGAAGGAGUUGUUUAUAUCGAAACUAUGUGUGUCUGACGUAUAGCAGAGCUAUAAACAGAAUUUAAUAAGAGGCCACGAUGCACCAAAGGUUAGAAAUCUAUGCACGCAUCACAAAAGAAACUGUUCAUUGAAGAUCGAUUUGAGGAAAAAUUUGUCACGUUAAAGUCACGCAAAUGUUGAGUUUAUCUGUUCUGUGCAAACAUCUAUGUAAUCUUGCAGACCAAGCAUUAUUGUCAUCAUGUGAUCACAAAGAGAAUCAGAGCAUCUGAACAGAUUGCCUUCUAGGUCAAUCUGAAAGACCUGUUGCUGUUUAACAACAAAAUUUAGUAGUUUUAAAUGAUUUCUGUUGUCUUAAAACUUGAUGUGGGUCUGUUUUGUUGCAUGAUGAGAAAAAGAAACCUGUCUUAUUUUAUGUUGCAUCAAAAAUGUUUUUUAUUGUAUUUCAUCAGUUUAUCAUUUUGACCAAAGGUAUGUGUAAAAUUAAAUGUAUCCUAUAAUUAUUAAGAUAUAGAAAAAUUAUAAUGUAUAUUUCUUAUUUUCUGUGAACUUAUUUACACAUUACUUAAAAGUUAUGUCGCUAUAAUCAUUCUUUGUAUUUUCUCUGUAAGAAACCGACUUGCUACCCCCUUUAUUCCAGUGUACCUACUGUUAAGUAUUUGUGCAUAAAUGUAAUUAAAAUGCCAUUUCAAA